AUACCAGUGUAAAUGUGUCAGAGUGGCCUGGUAACACUCUGCGACAAUUGACUGAAAUGCGCGGAAUUUAAUGCUAAAGCUUUGGUGUGUAAAUGUGAAGAAAAUUUGUAUUUUGCAUCCCACUAAGUGACAACGAGGCUAAAAUUAAUCAAAAUAAAGAUGAUUGAAGAAUUUGAUGAAGACUAUGACUGCUGGGAAUGGUUUCAAGCUGGCAAGGAGAAUAUUCUACGUAGUUUCGACCGCAAAAAGGUAGCGAAUGGACAGCAGCAACAACAGCUGACUCGAAAAUAUAAUAACAAUAAGAACAAUCGAGUCAAAACUGCUGCGCCAUCGAAAAUUCCAAAUGAGGCGCUCGAAGAGAUCUUAAAUCUGCAGCCACUGGGCAUGUUUUUGUAUCUGACCACUACAAGCGAACCCGAUUUUUUUGUCGAUCAAAUUGGGCCCAACGAUGACAUGGAACGUGUGAUUAUAUAUACACGCAUCUUGAUAACUUUGUGUGAUCUCGAGCUGCCUGGCUUUCAUCAUGAUUUGCUAAAGAAAGUGGCCUCGUGUACGCCCCUCUUGAAGCACUAUGAGGAAAUCGUACGAAAGCUAUGCACCAAAAGUUAUCGCACCAUGUGGACAGAUCUGGAGCGCGUGGAUAAAAUCAUUUGGUAUAUGCAAACAUUGUUGCUGCAGGCUCAACGUGCCGAUGUUAUGGAUGCAACAGCAAUGCAAAUACUCUUCAACAUUUGGAUGCACCUAAAGAGUAAUUUCAAUCCAUUAAUUGCCGAGCGUCCAGUGUGCAAGCAGUUUUUGUAUGGCCUCAACUUUGUUUUCAGCGUGGAUCCCGAAAUCUUAAAUAUUCCGAGGCCAGUGGCUGAGUUGUAUCCCAGCUUGGAGGAGCUUAGACAAUGGAUAUCACGGAAAGCGAACAGCAAUCCAGAAGCCCCAAAACCAGAAACUAGCUACAAAAAUACAACGCAGUAUAUUAACAAUCAACUUUUGCUACUGCGCCAUCAAUUUUUGAUGCCAUUGCGUGAAUUGGUGUGCAAGCUGCAUCUAGAACGCAACCUUGGGGAUUUUAAAACGCUGCAUUUUGCAUUUGAAAACGUCCAGAUAAAGCUCAAUCAAAAUUUUAAUGAUGUGCUUUACAGCAAAUUGCUAUACAUUGAUAUCUUGGCUGGAAAGCGCAAGGCAGCUGCUGCAGGUGAGGAGGAGACGCUAGCUAAAGCGGAUGAACAUGCGUUGUCAAAGCUAAAAAAUGGUACGCUCCUUUGCUUGAGUACCAGCUAUGAUUUCGACAAUCUAAUAUUGGCCACUGUGAGUGCUAUUGAUAUAAGUGCACAAAGCCGUGGUUAUAUUGCCAUCACCAUACUGCGACAAUACAAUAUUGGAAAUAUUUAUAAGAAAAUGCUUAUAGUGUUCGAAACUCCCGUUUACUUUGAGCCAUUUCAAAAAGCAUACAGAUAUCUCCUGAAUAGCAAUGUUCUAAACUUCCCCAUGGCCGAUUUUAUUGUUCACGGCGUAAAUCGUACACAUCCGCCGCUUUAUUUGAAUCACACACAACCACCAAAUGUAUACGAAAGUCAAAAGUUUAAAAACAAAUUAGCGAAAAUGCCAUUAAACAUAUCUCAGCGUGAAGCAUUUGAACAUGUGCUCACCACGAAUUUCAAUUUGAUUCAAGGUCCGCCCGGUACGGGCAAGACACAUGUAUCGUUGCAGCUGGUCAAGACCAUUCUUGAGAAUGCCAAGCAUUGUGCACCCAUUGUUGUGAUUACCUACACCAAUGAUUCGCUGGACAAGUUUCUGCUUAAGCUGAGUGCUCAUACUAGCAGCAUUGUCCGCUUUGGUUGCCAGUUAAGAAUACCGGAAAUUGUAAAAUUUAACGCACGCUCCGAUAGGAAUAUGCAUAUGAUUAAUCCGAAACUAAAACGACUUUACUGGAUGGUUAAUAUGGAGCUAAAGGAACACUUCCAGCGAUUGCAGUCGCUUUAUGCUGCCUUCAAUGAGUCAAAAAAUGAAGGAUAUGCCGAGAUUUUGGCGACACAGCGUCUUAUUUGGAAUACACAGGAGAAGCUGAAUUGUAUUCGCAUUAUAUUCCAACACUAUUUAAUUGCUAAAAAGAAUGUGCUGGCCAUGACAACCACAUGUGCAGCUCGCAUGAAUUUUGUUUUUCGCUUUCUUAAGACGCGAAUUGUUAUUUUUGAAGAGUCUGCAGAAAUACUGGAGGCCCAUUUAUUGCCUUGCCUGACGCCUUUCACGGAGCAAAUUAUUAUGAUUGGCGACCACAUGCAAUUGAAGCCAUACUGCAGCUAUAUCAAAGGAAUUCGAAAUUCAGAAUACUCGCAGUCAUUGUUUGAGCGGUUGAUCCGCGCCAACUUCCAUGUCAACGUAUUGAAUAUUCAAUAUCGUAUGCGUAAUGACUUUGUGGAUUUGAUAUGUCCCCUGAUCUACAAGAAGCUAUUAAGUCAUCAGUCUGUAACCAAAUUUCCGCCUAUUCGCAAGAUGACAAAGAAUCUAUAUUUUCUUGAUCAUCGUCAAUUCGAAACAAUGCAAAAUAAUACGUUACCAACAAAUGCUUGGGAGAAGCAUAAUGUUUAUUUAAUUUCACGUCAUUUGAUCGAAGUUGGCGGAUAUAAUAGCGAUGAAAUUGUAGUGCUGACGCCUUAUUCCAGUCAAGUGGCAAGCAUCAAAUCCGAAUUUUCAAAACACGCAAGCUUAAAAGCUAUCGGAGUUUCCACGGUUGAUAGUUUCCAGGGCCUGGAGGCCAAUAUUGUGAUCUUAUCGCUGGUACGCAGUAAUGCUCAUAGAAAAAUUGGAUUCCUUGUUGAACCGACUCGAAUUUGCGUGGCAUUAUCACGCGCUCGCUAUGGUCUUUAUGUUAUUGGCAAUAUGGAAUCUCUUGCACAUAAUUCAUUGACUUGGUGCGAAAUACGAAAAAGAUUAAGGCUCCAAAAUGCCAUCGGCUGUGAAUUCCCAUAUAUUACAGAUAUAUGAUAAUUACAAUAAAACUUGUAAAACAUAUUUUUUUGUA